UUUCGACGCUUGGACAGAAAGUAACACCUCAGACAAGAAUAAAUUAUCUUCCAAAUAUGCCUAUCCUUGUAAAAAAAUAUGGUAAAGUAGGCAAGGUAGACUCGACAACACAAAAACAAAUUAUAGAUUCAAUAGAAUUAUUUUAUCAUAGCGACUUUGAACGAUUUAAAGUCUCAUUCACACACCCAAGCAUCAAAUAUGUUUCUUUUUCAAAUCAAUUAGGUUAUGUAUUAGGCUUUCAAAACCCAAAUAUGGUUCAAAACAAUGAAAUUGCCAAAUAUGGUUGUGAUCUAAGAGGAGUUCACUACUAA